GAAAUUCUGGUGAUUAACGAUCAUGACAACCGUAGAGGAACUGGCCCAUCAAAUUAUUGAACAGCAAAUGGGAGAGAUUACCCAUUCCCGAGAAGCUGUUACACAAACACUAAUGGAUGGGUCGGCACAACGGAUACAGAUUGUCCCUGCAGAUUCCGGCCUCUCGUUACCGCAGCGCAUACAGAUUGUCACAGAUCAGCAGACGGGCCAGAAGAUUCAGAUUGUUACAGCCCUCGAUCAGAGCUCAGCAGGCAAGCAGUUCAUCCUAACAAAUCAUGAUGGCUCUACCCCGAGCAAGGUGAUCCUUGCCAGACAAGAUUCCACUCCAGGAAAAGUUUUCCUAGCAACUCCAGAUGCUGCAGGUGUCAACCAACUGUUUUUUGCAUCCCCUGAUAUAUCUGCACAGCACAUCCAGAUCUUAACAGACAACUCUUCCACUGAACAGGCUCUAAAUAAAGUGUUUGACCUGUGUGUCGUAUGCGGAGACAAGGCAUCGGGGCGUCACUAUGGAGCAGUAACGUGCGAGGGCUGCAAAGGCUUCUUUAAGAGGAGUAUCCGAAAGAAUUUAGUUUAUUCGUGCCGAGGAACAAAGGACUGUGUCAUCAACAAGCACCACCGGAAUCGGUGUCAGUACUGUCGCCUGCAGAGAUGCAUCGCCUUCGGGAUGAAACAGGACUCUGUUCAGUGUGAGAGGAAACCUAUUGAAGUGUCCAGAGAAAAAUCUUCAAACUGUGCAGCUUCUACGGAAAAAAUCUACAUUCGGAAAGAUCUACGGAGUCCACUGGCUGCAACACCAACUUUUGUUACAGACAAUGAAACAGCAAGGUCAACAGGUCUGCUGGAGUCAGGAAUGUUUGUUAACAUUCAUCAGUCUGGAAUAAAAAGUGAUCCUACUGUGCUGAUGACUCCGGAUAAGGUUGAAGCAUGUCAGGGUGAUUUAAGCACGCUGGCAAAUGUGGUGACAUCGUUAGCGAAUCUGAGUAAAUCCAAAGACGUGUCUCAAAGCAGCGCUGAGCUAUCUAUGAUUGAGAGUUUAAGUAACGGAGAUGCAUCAUUGUCUGAACUCCCGCAAGAAGAACAAGCUAGCAGUGAUGUUACAAGAGCAUUUGAUACCCUUGCAAAAGCUCUAAAUCCAGGAGAGGGUGCAGCAUGCCAAAACUCAGAGAAUGUUGAAGCCAGCGUGCAGCUCGUCGGUGGAGAAACGAGCUUGGAUAUCGUUGAAAUAGAGGGGCCGCUGCUCAGCGACACGCACGUGGCAUUCAGGCUCACCAUGCCUUCGCCUAUGCCUGAAUAUCUGAACGUUCACUAUAUCUGUGAGUCUGCCUCCAGGUUGCUUUUCUUGUCCAUGCACUGGGCACGUUCCAUUCCAUCUUUCCAAGCUUUAGGACAGGAUAACAGCAUAUCAUUAGUAAAAGCCUGCUGGAAUGAGCUUUUUACACUUGGUCUUGCACAAUGUUCCCAAGUGAUGAAUGUGGCAACUAUAUUAACUGCAUUUGUUAAUCACCUUCAUGGCAGUUUACAGCAAGGUAAGGUACAUGUUGUCUGUGUUCCCAGAUCUGCAAA